UUAAUCGCUGUCAAAACCCGUCAUAUGGCCGCCACUUUAACUAACUCCUCAGCUCCACUAGGGAAAGUAGCUCCAAUGCGCUUUCAAUUAACGUGGAUGUAAAACGGCUGUUGGUGACAAGACAAAACAGGCUGCGGGAAGAUUAAAAAAAAACGCCAGAACUUCAAACUCACAGACACUGUUCGGAUUAAAUUCCACUUCAUUCCGGAGUUCUCCUUCACUUGCUUGCGGUGCACCUGCUCUGGCGGACCAACGCCGAAAGUUAAUGCUUUUUUGUUUUGGUUAAGAAGCCUUUAAAACCACUUGAAUGUAUAGCAUGAUGAUGGAGACGGACUUGCACUCCCCGGGACCUCAGACCAAUACGAACCUGGGGCAGACAGGUCCGAACACGGGGAGCAAAGCCAACCAAGAGCGCGUCAAACGCCCUAUGAAUGCUUUUAUGGUGUGGUCCCGCGGCCAGCGCCGGAAAAUGGCUCAGGAAAAUCCUAAAAUGCACAACUCUGAGAUCAGUAAGAGACUCGGCGCAGAGUGGAAGGUGAUGUCAGAAGCUGAAAAGCGACCCUUCAUCGAUGAGGCAAAAAGGCUGCGUGCCAUGCACAUGAAAGAGCAUCCGGAUUACAAAUACCGACCGAGGCGCAAAACCAAGACGCUGCUUAAAAAGGACAAGUACUCUCUUGCUGGAGGUCUGCUCGGCGGAGCGGGCGCGGGCGCGGGAGUUGGGCUCGGGGUGGGUAUGAGCGCAGCCGGAGUAGGCCAAAGGUUAGAAAGCCCUGGGGGUCACGGAGGCUCAGCCGGCGCCGGUUACUCGCAUAUGAACGGUUGGGCAAACGGCGCGUAUUCGGGCCAAGUCGCUGCCGCCGCCGCCGCUGCUGCUAUGAUGCAGGAGGCGCAGCUCGCCUACGGGCAGCACCCGGGCAGCGGGGCACACCACCACCACCACCCUCAUGCCCACCACCAUCAUCCGCACAACCCGCAGCCAAUGCACCGCUACGACAUGAGCGCUCUGCAGUACAGCCCCAUAUCCAGUUCACAGAGUUACAUGAGCGCGUCGCCGCCCGGCUAUGGAGGGAUUUCCUAUUCCCAGCACCAAAACGCAGGUGUUGCGUCGUCGGCCGCCAUCGGCACGCUGAGCUCGUUGGUCAAGUCCGAGCCGAACGUAAGUCCUCCAGUUAGCACGCACUCCAGAGGCCCCUGCCAGGGAGACUUGAGGGAGAUGAUAAGCAUGUAUUUACCGGCUGGUGAGUCCGGAGAGCCGUCCGUUCAGAGCAGACUACACGCUUUACCGCAACACUAUCAGAACACGACGGCCGGAGUAAAUGGGACUGUCCCGCUCACGCACAUUUGAAAUUCUUGAAGGAAGGGAGGGGGGAAAUCAGACACACCACCAAAUAUUGACCUCUUUUCGAUGGCCAUUUAACUACUUUUGUACAGAAUGUUUUAAGAUGUCCUUGUAAAUUAAGAUUAAAAUAGCUAUCAUUUCGGUGUUCAUACCGAGGGAGAGCCGAUGAUAUGUCAGUUAGAGUAAUUUUUUUCUUGUUUCUUUGUUUGUCUGUUUUAUUUUAUUUUAUUUUUAAUAAAUUAUACUGUUCAUGAAUUAUAAUUUGACAUUUUUUCCUGGCCAUGCCAAAAAAAAAAAAUAAAUCCAGCGAUGGUCAUCUUCACUGAAGUAUUUUUGUUCACAUUAUUUAUUUGUGCAAAUUCAUUUUUAAGUUAAUAUGAUAACAUCUAGCAUAACGUGGAUAACUUGAAAAAUGUUUCUGAAAAUUUCUAAAGAGUUUCUUGCAUACCCUAUUACAUUUGAAACAUUUGUACACGUGAAUCCAUGUAUCUGAAAUAUGCUGUAACAUUUCUUGUAAAUUGUGAAUAAGUUUUAAUAUUUGAAAAGACUGGCACGUAACUGCUGCUGUAUAUAAUUUAUGAAAUGCAUUGCUGCCAGUUUGCGUUCUCACUUUGCGCUGACUCAUUGUCUAAAUAAA